CUGUGGAACAUAAAUCUAAGCAAGCUGGAUACCCUAGGGUUUAAAUAUUUCCAUCAACGGAAAAUGGGCACAGCGGGUGACCGCCUACUGGACAUACCGUGCAAGGUGUGUGGCGAUCGAAGCUCGGGCAAACACUAUGGCAUCUAUAGCUGCGAUGGCUGUUCGGGCUUCUUCAAGCGCAGCAUUCAUCGCAACCGGAUUUACACCUGCAAGGCCACGGGGGACCUCAAGGGCCGCUGUCCCGUCGACAAGACCCAUCGGAAUCAGUGUCGCGCCUGCCGCCUGGCCAAAUGCUUUCAAUCGGCCAUGAACAAGGAUGCCGUUCAACACGAGCGUGGUCCGCGAAAGCCGAAGCUCCAUCCGCAGUUGCAUCACCACCAUCAUCAUGCAGCGGCGGCUGCAGCCGCUGCCCAUCAUGCCGCUGCACAUCAUCACCAUCACCAUCAUCAUCAUGCACAUGCCCAUGCGGCGGCCGCCCAUCAUGCUGCGGCGGCGGCAGCAGCAGCAGCGGGACUGCACCAUCAUCAUCAUGCAAGCGCCGGAGGACACCUGCCCGUGUCGCUGGUGACGAAUGUCUCGGCCUCAUUCAACUACACGCAGCACAUAUCCACGCAUCCGUCGGUGCCGCCAGUUGCGCCAACGAAUACUCAAGGAUUCCAUCAGCAGCAGCAACAGCAGGCGGUAGGGGGGGUAGCGCCGCCACACGCACAGCAGCCACAUCCCACAGCCUUUCAUCAUCCGGGGGGGCACCAUGCGUUGGUGGUGCCACAGAAUGGUGUCAGCACGGCCAGCGGCUUCCCCACGCACCUGCUGCAUCACAAUCUGAUUGCGGAGGCGGCCAGCAAGCUGCCGGGGAUUACAGCAGCCACGGCCACCGCAGUGGCAGCCGUUGUUUCCUCCACAACCACCGCUGCUGCCGCCGCAGCCUCCGCCUCGCCCUAUGGCCACCCCACUAUCAAUAACAACAACAACAACAACUACUCCUCGCCCUCGCCGAGCAAUUCGAUACAAUCGAUCUCCAGCAUUGGCUCGAGGAGUGUCGGUGGCAGCGAAAGUCCACGUGUCAAUGUGGAGACAGAGACACCCUCACCCUCGGCAUCGCCGCCACUGAGUGCGGGCAGCAUUUCCCCAGCCCCAACGCUGACGGAUUCUCAGGGUUCGCCACAGCAUCAUCAUCCGCCACGACAGACAUCGCAGCAUAGUUUGAGUGGCGCCACAACGCCACCGAGUCAUGCCUCGCUGCUGAUGCACAGCAUCCACAACAAUCAUCAUCAGCUACAGCAUCAUCAGCAUCAGGGCAGCAGCAGCCUCAAUGGCGAGCAGAAACUAUCGAGUUUUACCUCGGGUUCGCCAACACCCACGACGCCCACACCGCCACCGCAUGCCGCACACCCUCCGACGAUUGGUUUGCGUCCUUGCCACCCAUCGGCGGCGUCGGCUGCUGCUUCGAAUGGCUUCCUGGAGCUGCUACUGAGCCCAGACAAGUGCCAGGAGCUCAUUCAGUACCAGGUGCAACACAAUACGCUGCUCUUUCCACCGCCACUGCCACAGCAGCUGCUCGAUUCGAGACUCCUCUCCUGGGAGAUGCUGCAGGAGACGACGGCUCGUCUGCUGUUCAUGGCCGUGCGUUGGGUCAAGUGCCUCAUGCCUUUCCAGACGCUCUCCAAAAACGAUCAGCAUUUGUUACUGCAGGAAUCCUGGAAGGAGCUUUUCCUCUUAAAUCUCGCCCAAUGGACCAUACCCUUGGACCUGACACCCAUUCUGGAAUCGCCGCUAAUCAAAGAGCGCGUGCUGCAGGACGAGGCCACGCAAACGGAGAUGAAAACUAUCCAGGAGAUUCUCUGCCGCUUCCGCCAGAUCACGCCCGAUGGCAGCGAAGUGGGUUGCAUGAAGGCCAUCGCUUUGUUUGCCCCCGAAACGGCCGGCCUCUGCGACGUGCAGCCCGUGGAGAUGCUGCAGGAUCAGGCCCAGUGCAUCCUCUCGGAUCAUGUGCGACUUCGCUACUCGCGGCAGGCCACACGCUUUGGCCGCUUGCUGCUGCUGCUGCCAUCGCUAAGGACCAUCCGUGCCUCGACCAUUGAGGCGCUGUUCUUCAAGGAAACGAUUGGAAAUGUGCCCAUAGCUCGGCUCCUGCGCGACAUGUACACCAUGGAGCCGGCCCAAGUGGUGCACGAAAAGUGAGGAGGCACAGCAAGGAACAGAGGG